AUGAUUGCGAGUAUAAUAUUUUCCCGCUAGUACUGAUGUUUGGCCGGUAAGAAAAUUUACAGUAAGUCAAAGUCGUCGUCUUCCAUUCACCCAUGGGAUUUUGCUCUUCUUGACCGCUUCCUCUUCCAAAACUCAAACCAAAAUCUCUCUACUCGUUUUCCUCUAUUAUAUAUUAACAUUCUCCAUUGUAAAAUCUGUAUCAUCACCCAUAAAAAGAAAACAACAAAAAACAAAAUCCUUCUCCCGAUCCGACUAAUUUCCUGAAGUCAUGUACUUGCUCGUAGACUGCUCCAACUGCCGUACGCCGCUGCAACUUCCGCCGGGAGCCACUACCAUACGUUGUGCCUUAUGCCGCGCAGUCACGCGCGUAGCUCCGCUACGUACCGCCGCCCCACCGCCGUACUCUGCCGGGCAGCAUCAACGACCUGCUCCGCCGCCGUAUACGAUUCCAUAUCCGUACAAUCGCGUACCUUCGGGGGGGCUUCCGUCGGCACAUGGGCGGAAGCGUGCUCUGAUAUGCGGCGUUUCGUAUAAGAACACGAGGCACGAGCUAAAGGGGUGUAUUAACGAUGCUAAAUGCAUGAAGUAUUUGCUGAUCAACAAGUUCAGCUUCCCUGAGUCGUCAAUUGUCAUGCUUACUGAAGAAGAAACUGAUCCGUACAAACGUCCAACCAAACAGAACAUGAGAAUGGCCAUGUAUUGGCUUGUGCACGGUUGUCAGCCAGGAGACUCCUUGGUAUUCCAUUUCUCUGGCCAUGGAUCCCAACAGAAGGACUACAAUGGAGAUGAGAUCGACGGCUAUGAUGAGACGCUUUGCCCCUUGGAUUAUGAGUCUCAAGGGAUGAUCGUUGAUGAUGAAAUUAAUGCCACAAUCGUGAAGCCUCUUCCUGCCGGUGUCAAGCUUCAUGCGAUUAUAGACGCUUGUCAUAGUGGAACUGUGCUUGAUUUGCCGUUUCUUUGUAGGAUGGACAGAAGUGGGAAGUAUGUUUGGGAGGAUCAUCGGCCUAGGUCAGGGGUUUGGAAGGGAACGAAAGGCGGGGAAGUCAUUUCCUUCAGUGGCUGUGAUGAUAAUCAGACCUCAGCUGAUACCUCAGCUAUGUCCAAGAUUACCUCAACUGGUGCCAUGACUUAUUCUUUCAUCCAAGCCAUCGAGCGUGGACAUGCAACUACAUAUGGGAAUAUGCUAAACUCAAUGCGAUCUACUAUUCGAAACACAGAUAAUGAUCUUGGGGGUGGUAUUGUGACAUCUCUACUCACCAUGCUCUUGUCCGGGGGAAGCCUUUCCGGCGGGUUUAGACAGGAGCCGCAGUUGACUGCCAAUGAACCUUUCGACGUGUAUUCAAAGACUUUCUCUCUUUAAAGUAGUCAAAGUAAUUUCUCCAUUCUUUAAUCAUUAGAUUUGUCAUGGUCAAAAUUUCACACACAUGUUCCUUGAGUUUAUGUAUAGUUCUCGAGAAAAUCUAUUCAUUAAAUAACAUGUGUUGUAUCUUAAAUUUUCUGUAAAAUAAUGAUUUCUAUUGAA